AUGGUCGCCAUAAUACCUCAUGCUUCCUUUACCACAGCUAAACUAACCCAGAAAACUAAGGGAAGCCAAAUGCCACCUGAAGAGAUCUGUAAGAUCAAUAUGAGGACUCGUAAAUUUAGGGUGGAUGAAAACUCUCGAGAUUUUGACUGCUUUUAUUCGAAUUUUAUUCAGACAGUUAUACUGUUGGGCACUUUUUACUACAGUAUUGAAAGGCUUCAGCCAUGGUCCACUGUUACCACUGAUACAUCUUAUAAACAAAUCUUUGUAAAUGCCUUUGUGGUAGGUUUGAUAAUGGUUGGGGUGGUAUUAAUCAAAUAUUGGCAGCAUGGCUACAGGAGCUUACCUAAGUUCGAUACCAUUUACAGUUUAUAUUUACCGUUUAUGAUCUCAUUGUUGUUCGAUACACCAUCUACAGUGAUAAACACUAUUUUGAUUCUUUCGGUAUUAAAUUCCUAUAGAUGGCCAACGCAGUUGAUAGUGGUCAUUUUACAGUUCUGCCUUAUAUUUUUCAACUUUGGGGCUGGUGACAGAGUAAAGAAUAUUAUUAGCAUAGUAAUAAAUUUUUCAUUGUCGUUAACUCUGAAGUAUAUUGGGCAAUUGAAAAGUUUAGAUAAUAUUGAUUCUAAUCUUUUUAGUAUCCUGUUAACGAAUAUUUUGUACGUUUCUGAAGCGGGCACAGUACAUUUUAAAAUUUUGAAGGGCAUUAUACUUGCUCUCAUAACAAUAAUUUCAAUUAACUAUAUGCUCAAAAAAGUAAUGCACGUUAAAUCAUUCGUGCUGUCGAUAUCUUUUGCAAUGGGGCUCCCACUUUUCACCAAUACCUUCAUUCAUUUGGAAGGCGGUGAAAACCCGCUAUUUUGGCUGGUAAAAUAUAUCUUAGAGUCUACUACUCGUCAAAAGAUUCUGUUCGCCUGGUCUUCCAUUCUUAUACUGUCUAUACCAAGUAUUUUGAUUGAAAAGGACAGUCUGUCAUUAAACACCUCUCGAAAAUUGUGGCAUUUCAUCAUAUUCUUACUCAUAAUACCAUCGUUCCAGAUAGAUUCAAACUUCGUGAAAAUUGCGUUGUCUGGAACAAUACCAGUAUUCUUAUCAAUUGAGUAUGUAAGAUUUCAAAAUUUACCGCCAUUAGGAUCUGCUAUUGAAUUACAACUGAGAAGGUUCGCUGAUGCCAGAGACCACAGCGGGCCAUUAAUUAUAUCAUACCUUUAUUUACUCUUCGGAAUAUCCACACCGUUAUUAAUGAAUAACUCUCCUAUGGGCCUGAUAGGAUUGGGAAUUGGUGAUUCACUAGCAUCUAUUAUAGGCAAAAGGUAUGGUCGUAUUCGUUGGAGAGGUACACAAAAAACUAUAGAGGGAACUCUUGCGUUCAUAGUAACAAGUUUUGCCGUUUGUUUGAUAUUGUUUCGUUUGGAUAAAGCCGCCAUUUUUAACCAUCUAACUAUUUUACGAUUACUUAGCCUUUGUACACUCAGUGGGGUACUAGAAGGUAAUAGUGUGCUUAAUGAUAAUAUUUUAAUACCCGCAUUUAUGAUGAUUUGUGAAAAAUUAUUUACUCUUUGA